AUUCGCCUUGUCGCCAGCAAUUGGGCAUUCUGAGUCAGUAAAACAUUCUCUAGCUUUUGUUUUCGUUAUAACCCAGCCCUUUUAAUAUUCCCCGAAGCCGCGCACGGCUUGUUGCCGCUUCAAGGCUUGAGAAUGCGAAUUCGGCUAGUUGCGGUGUGAAGCCCGAAUUGCAUUUUGAUGCUCCAAAGCCAACCACAAUCCAAUGGCUCAUUUUGGGAAAAGAUUGCAUCUCAGGCAGCCAAGACCAACCUAUCGACGAGGAAGACUGAGCGCAUGUGCUCGCAUAGCACCAUGAGCAUUCCCGGCCUCUGGCACAGACACCGAGGAUGCGCAUGGCCCACGUGGCUACCGCUGCAUGCUCCUAGAGUCGAAAAUUCGGGUGGUUGAGUCUUCCCUGCAUCCCAUAUCAAAGGCGCCAGGGGUUUGCCGCCGCUUGAGCCAGGGGCCCAUCAGCGCAGCAGUUGAGAGCCAGCCAACCAUGUGUUCGACGCCUAUCUUCAGUGCAACCGAAUCGGAAGCCACCAGCCUCAAGAAGAGGAGCCAGCAGACUGAGUACCAUCUCUCAGACACACCCGCUCUCUUAUUUAUGGCACGCGCUUAACUGGGCCGAUACCGAUCGGCGCCCCAGCGCUUGUUUCUGUGGAUGCUGGAGCAUUAGGCUGGAAACUGCUGCCUCUUUGCCGCGCUCAUGCCAGUCGCAUUCAGCCUUGGGAGGUUCGGCUCGUCGUCUAGCCUGGCCUUGGAGACAUGGUUCCAUCUCCAACGGUCCAUGCUCGCUUGAGCCGAGCGGGUGCCUCCCACCCAACCGUCGGGCAGGUCUGGGCUGCAGCAUUCGCGAAGCGCUCCCGCUGCGCUACCAGCAACGCCAGCCCUUCCAUGCUAACCGCCAUGGAUACGCCCAGGCUCUGUUUGUGCCCACCCAGGAACAAAGACCCCAGAAGGUUCAGACCAGACAAGGGCCAUCGUCGUGCGUCCAACCGCCUCGGGCCCAUCUGAUGCAAUUCUGCUAGGGCGCGCUCGGGGCUGCACCACGAUCCGUUGAAACGGCCUGCAAACAACGAAGCGCAGCCUCCGCCAACGGCUAGUGUCGUUGUUUUGAAACGCGCUUGGGCUGUCCGGCUCUUUGCCUGCUGAGAUCGCCUGCUCAGGCUUGCCUGCUGUUCCUCCUGACCCGGGUGCGAUGGAGAGGCUGCGCGGCGCAUGGGGCCUAUCAGCGCCCUGGACGCUUAUUGGAGAUGAUCGUCCGUUGAGGCUCGAGAGUUUGGUUCGUGUCGGCGAGUUGUUGGCAGCGACUGCCUCAUCCUCGCUCCCACCGGCCCAUCCGCGCGCCCCUGGCGCCGAAUGGCGGCGGCCGUUCUUAUUAUUAUGUCCCACGCCAUCCCUUCCCAUGUGCGUCCCAAUGAGCCCUCUCCUCCUUCCUGUCUGACCUGCCGUCAUCGCCGCUGUUCCUUCUCGUGACAACGGGUCUAGCGCCUAUCUUGUGCUUGAGGGUCUCGUUGCGUGCGAGGUUCACGCCACGGCAAAGACGAUGAUUUUUCCUUUCGUCUCGCUGCAGUGUUAAAGCUCUCCUCGGCCCUGCUAACAGACUGGCGAACUGGAUCUGCUUCCGCCACGACCUUUUCCCCGACGCCCCCGGGCUUCGGGCUGAUUCCAGCACUCAGCACCAUCUCGUCCUUGUCUGCCUCGCCCGGCCACCCGACCCGCCGCCCGGCCCCAUUUCUCGGCUAACCGGCCGAUCUCGAUCACGGCUUGCUCAGUGGCCGUUGCGAGGUGUAGGCUGGAACUUGAUCGCUAAGGUCAUGCCUGUACUUCCGAGGCAGGCUCAAGAUGCGAGUGGCGCGGAAAGCGAAUGGACUACCAACCGAAUUGUUGCCGUGGCGGCGUCAUCAGGAGCUGGACUGCUCUUUUUGAUACUUGUCAUCCUCGCAUUAUAUCGAUACCGCUCAAGGGUAUCUUGGUUCCGUCGACUCGAUACAACGAUUUCACGCGAGGCAAUAGUACCCGCCGCCGCCCGAGGCAGUGAAGACCAGUAUCCCCCCAAGGCGAGUUGCAAUGUGAGAAGAUCCCUCAGUCACGACUGGGACCCGGCAGGCCUAUUCGCAGCCCCUGCGACUCGCAAAUCCGGGCAAGACAAAUCGCCAAGCACCUCGCCGCGGAGCUCUCCUGCUACAAAACCCCCCACCAUGCUUGCACUUACACACCACAGCCCUUCGACCCUGGGUCCAUCCGGUGCUGUUUCGGCGAUUGGACCCCGAGAUAGGGGUGUCUCGACCAAAGUCAUACACUCGACCAAGCUCGCCUCGGCUAUGGACCGCAGCGUGUCUUUGAGGCGUCCAAGGGACGUGGAGCGGAACCACCUGCUCACGAGCCAUCCGGAAGAAGCCCCGCAAAGGUCCUCUUCCAUGAGGUCGAUUUCGUCUGUUUCCUCGGAGAGAUCGCUCCAAAGCACGGAGUACCGCCUGCCGCCGUGCCCCAUGAGCAGCAGCUACAAAGCGAUCGAUCUUAGUGAAGGCAUCGACUUUGGCCCUGUGACCAGUCUCAGUCCACCUCCGCCUGUUCGCUCCCCUAGCGUUCGCGACACGGCUCAGGCGGCAGCCAAGGCUACGGACAAGGCCCCGACUGACACAUCCGAAUGGGCGAUGACCGAGUUGCGUGCCGAGUCACCAUCGCCGGAGAAGUCUAGACAGCACGUGGAUGAUAGCCUCUUGGCUGCCGCGGCGCUUGCCUGGCGGGAGGCGUCGGGAACACGAAGCUCGCCCGAACACCGCCGUCGGUACUCGCAGCUAGGCGAGAGGAAGCGUAUCGAGUCGACUCUCGGCAUCCCCACCGCCAUGCUCGCCGCGACGUGGGGGAGGAAUUCUGUUAGACUCUCCGGCCUGGUGGGGAUGGCGGCUUUCAACGGCGGGUUCGGGGCCACUUUUCCGUCCUCGAACCCAGUCCCCGUCCCGGAGGCCCUCCCGGAGGCCUCGCCGGGAGGGUCAAAGCUGGCUCUCACAAGCGGUCCCGCCCACUCACCAACCAAGUCGAGCGAGAGGAGCCUGACGAGCAGUGCGUUCGGCGCCCUCGGCAACUGGCAGCAGCCAGCCCGGCACGUCAGCGAGGGCGACUACUACUUCAAGGCCAGGCACGGCAAUCGCCGCCGCGUAGCCGACAGCAGCAUCGAGCCGGACGACGGCCACGAGCUCCUCCCGACCUACGCCAGCCUCGCGCCUCCCGACGGCCGCAGAGCCACGGAACCUCCGCCCGACCGACCCGAGGCGGCGAGGGCGUCGCGAGCGCAGAAGAGGCCGAGCGCGAAGCACCGGUAUCAGUACCCAAACUUCUACAAUUCCAGGGUCGCAAGGAGGCUUCGGGGCGAGGAGCUUGCCGACCGACGGCAAAGGCACUCGCGGCAGCUACGAGAGGACCCGUCGAACGCGCAGCAGUCGAAGCCCGAGGAAAGCCGGCCCGACGACUAUGUCCUCCAGCUCUCUCACCACGACAAAGGCUUUAAUUUUGGCUUUGAUUUUUAAUUUCUGGCACGCUCUCGCUUUCAUGUUUUAUUCAUGCCCUCUUUCUUGCUUUUUCCUAUUUCAUGUAUGCUACUUGCUUCUUUCCCUCUUUCACGUGCGGUCUUCUAUAUCUUUUGGUCAUGGCGGCCUCGGUUGCGUAAUUCAGCGCGCUCGUCAUUCUUGUCUCAUCACUGUCACCCUACAUUAGCAACUAUUUGAUACCUCGGGAUGAGCACGUGCCUAG